AUGGAUACCAGUAGUUCUUGUUGGCACGGGAUCUACUAUCAACGUGUGUCCGUUGAGGACGGCAUAUACAAUCAGGUUGAAGCCCCCGGACUUUCUGCCUACUGCCCAGGAUUAUUCCCAGUUGCCUUUGCUGUUGUUGAUGCCGAGAAUGCAUCUAAUUGGGAGUGGUUUUUGCGUCAAUUAGUCAAAGUUGUAGAUGGUAGUAAGACGUUGACGGGUCGGAGAUAUAGUGACAUGUGCUCCAAUGCUACCGAAUCAUUCAACAACUGUGUUCAGAAAGCUCGGCAUCGACCCAUUACUCAGUUGGUGGAUGGGAUUAAGGGCCAAAUCAUGGAGCAGAGGUCUAAACGUAAAGUUAAAUCCAGUGUUUGGGUCGGGGAGCUUUGCCUGAAGAUGGCAAAGGUUUUGGAAUCGGCGUACAAUGACAGUAGGUCGUGGAUUAUUCGUCAGUUCAAGGACAAUGUGUUUGAGGUUCGUUCACACCUAUCAGUGUUGGUCGAUUUUAGGGCAUGUACAUGUUCAUGUUUCCAAUGGCAAUUAAGUAGAUUCCCAUGCUCGUAUGCGGCUGUAGCUUUCCAAAAUAGUAGUAAGAACAUAUAUGACUUCAUUGAUUCAUUUUACUAUGUGCACGAGUUUAGGGCGGCGUAUUCUGGGGCUAAUCACCCAAUUCCUACAAUAAGGAAACCAAAUUUGGCAACAAUGGAUUAUCUCAUCGCACCACCUAUUUUUAAACGCCCACCUAGAAGGUCCAAACAGAAAUGGGUGUUGUCCAAAGGUGAGGUGGUUCAACGGAUUCAAUACGGCCGUUGCGGUAAAAUGGGUCAUCAUAAUAGGAAAACAUGUGAGGAACCAAUGUAG